UGCCCGAGUACUGGUAGUUGCUCUUCAGCCGUCGCGAGAGCCGCACGUCUUUCGCGCGCUCACGUUUCUAAGAAAACGUGGUUCGGACGCGUGUUAAUAACCAUGAAACUUCUAGUAGCAACAUUGCUGGCCGUGGUGGCGAUGGCGUCAGGCAACGUGCUGAAGCCUCAAGGCACCUUCGAACUCCUCAUCCUACACAACAAUGAUAUGCACGCACACUUCGAACAGUCCUCACAACGCAGUGGAACUUGCACCAACGAUGAUCGUGAAGCUGGCAAAUGCUACGGUGGCUUCCCUAGAGUCGCUCAUGUUGUGAAGCAGGCACGUGAAGCAGCCCUCAACAAGUCGGGACCUCCGGUGCUGUACCUGAAUGCCGGAGACACGUACACCGGUACAGCAUGGUUCACCAUCUACAAAUGGAAGAUUGCCGCAGAAUUCGUCAAUGCUUUACAACCUGACGCUGUUUCUCUGGGAAAUCAUGAAUUUGAUAAUGGAAUAUCUGGCCUCACACCGUUUAUUGAGAAUCUUACAUGUCCCAUCCUCUGUGCAAACCUCAUACUUACCAAAGAACCAGAGUUGCAAGCUGAACGCAACUUAAUGGAUUCUGUCGUCUUUGAUAUUAAUGGCACUAAGAUUGGAGUCAUUGGUUACCUUACACCCGACACUAAAGUAUUAGCUAUCAGAAAUGACGUGGAAUAUAUCGAAGAAGUGACAGCCAUUAAAAAAGAAGCAACCAGACUUAAAAAUAUGGGAGUAAACAUUCUUAUAGCUCUCGGCCAUUCUGGCUUUACCAAAGAUUUAGAAAUUGCUGAAAAAGUAGAAGAUAUCGAUUUAGUUAUAGGUGGACACACUAAUACAUUUUUAUGGAAUGGGACCACACCUGACAUUGAAAAAGCUGAAGGGCCUUAUCCAACCUUAGUAAAACAAAAGUCAGGUAGAUUAGUACCCGCUGUUCAAGCAUACGCGUACACCAAGUAUCUAGGUAAAUUACACAUUUUAUUUGAUUCUAAUGGCGAAAUCAUCAGAUCAAACGGAAAUCCUAUUCUUCUUGAUAAUUCAAUUAAACAAGACCCUGAAGUACUAGCAAUUGUGAAUCGCUAUCGUGAAAACAUAAUGAUAAUAACGGAAGAAGUUGUUGGUACUACGUCAGUGAUAUUAGAUGGACAAUCAUGUCGCUUAAAAGAAUGCAACAUGGGAAAUCUGAUAGCAGAUGCUAUGGUAUAUAAGUAUGCUUCAGAAUAUAGAGGAUAUGGUUGGACUGAUGCUCCAGCUGCAAUAAUACAAGGUGGCGGAGUUAGAGCUUCAAUUGCUCAUGUAAAUUCACCAGCAAAUAUAACAAAAGGGGAUUUGUUACGUGUUAUGCCUUUUGAUGGAAAUAUAGUAAAAGUUACAAUUCAUGGGAGAGAUGUAUGGAGGAUGCUGGAACAUUCAGUAUGGAGGUACAACCCGUUACGAGCUCCAGGGCAAUUCCUCCAAAUGUCUGGAAUGAUGGUAGAAUAUGAUUUUCAACAGCCUCCUGGGAAGAGAGUUAUGAAAGUCUACAUGAGAUGUGGCGAAUGUCUCAAUCCUGAAUACUCUGUUCUGAAUACGACAGGAAAGUACAAAAUAUUAAUGCCAGCCUUUUUAUCUAUGGGAGGUGAUGGUUUUUCAGUUUUCGAUGGUCUGCCUUCAACUCCUUUGCAUUAUGAUGAGUUGAAUUGUACUAUGAACUACAUAGAAAAACAUAGUCCAGUUUAUCCAUCUACUGAGGGUCGAAUUAUAAUCAAUAAUCUAGAUAAAUUAAAGAGCUCAGCAGCAACAUUGAAUUUAUCUUUGUCUGCAAUGGUAGCCCUUGUCUUCUCUUCAAUACUUUAAAAUGAUUUCGUGAUAGUACUUACUUUACAGUAACAUUUUUUUGUUAAGGAAAUUAUAAAAUAUGUUCACCGUAUUUUCUUCAUAAAUAGUACAAGAGCCAUCCGUUAGGUAAGUAUAAUAGGUUCUAUAAAUAUUAUGGAUAGUACUUCUGUACAGAAACUUACGCUAAAAGCCAUUCCAUGUUCAACUUGCACUUAUUGAAGCCGUGCAUUUACCAGAUCAGUAUUAUAUACAAUGUAAGUACUAAAAGUUACUUAAUUUUCUAUUGUUUUCUUUAUUAUUUUUCUUGUUGAGGUUGUUAUUUUCUUACUUUUACAUAAUAUAAAACACUUAUGUAUUAA